UGGCAGCGCUUGUCGCUCGGAGGGGGCCGGGCCGCUCUUCUUCGCGGCUCUCCCAGCCGCCGCUGCCGCUGCCGCGGUUCUCCUAGCUGCGCCGGCCGGUCGGACCGCCAAGGCAGCCGGCACUGGCUAUGGGAAACGGUGUGGCCGCCGACACAGGCAGUGGCAAAGUUUCCCAGACGUACACAUCUGGGCGCGCGACUGCCGGCUACCCGUGACCCCUCUAGGAAGGGCUCAGGGAUUUUUAAUUUGGAAAAAAUUCCACCUGGUUUCCUUUGUCAAGGUCUCUCCGGGUGGCCAGCAGCAGGAGCUGCAAACUUGGGCACGGCGGCUUCACCGGCAGCGGACCGGCUUUGGAGAACCUCAGGACUCAGGUGCUGGGGUGCCCAGCGGCUCCGGACGUGCUACGGGGUGUGAGCGCGGGGGAGUCCGGGGCGCGCGACAAGGAAGGGCCCCCGGGAGCUCUAUAUGGAGGAAGGAGCCCAGAAUGGUGUGCACCAGGAAGACCAAAACUUUAGUGUCCACUUGCGUGAUCCUGAGCGGCAUGACUAACAUCAUCUGCCUGCUCUACGUGGGCUGGGUCACCAACUACAUCGCCAGUGUGUAUGUGCGGGGGCAGGAGCCGGCGCCCGACAAGAAGCUGGAGGAAGACAAAGGGGACACUCUGAAGAUUAUUGAGCGGCUGGACCACCUGGAGAAUGUCAUCAAGCAGCACAUUCAAGAGGCUCCUGCCAAGCCUGAGGAGGCAGAGGCCGAGCCCUUCACAGACUCCUCUCUGUUUGCACACUGGGGCCAGGAGCUCAGCCCCGAAGGCCGGCGCGUGGCCCUGAAGCAGUUCCAGUACUACGGCUACAAUGCCUACCUCAGCGACCGCCUGCCCCUGGACCGACCCCUGCCUGACCUCAGACCCAGUGGGUGCCGUAACCUCUCGUUUCCUAACAGCCUGCCGGAGGUGAGCAUCGUGUUCAUCUUCGUCAAUGAAGCACUUUCGGUGCUGCUGCGCUCCAUCCACUCAGCCAUCGAACGCACGCCCCCGCAUCUGCUCAAGGAGAUCAUCCUGGUGGAUGACAACAGCAGUAACGAGGAACUGAAGGAGAAGCUGACCGAAUAUGUGGACAAGGUGAACAGCCAGAAGCCAGGCUUCAUCAAAGUCGUGCGUCACAGCAAGCAGGAAGGCCUCAUCCGCUCCAGGGUCAGCGGCUGGAGGGCGGCCACUGCCCCUGUGGUGGCACUCUUUGAUGCCCACGUGGAGUUCAAUGUGGGCUGGGCUGAACCUGUCCUCACUCGCAUCAAGGAGAACCGGAAGCGGAUCAUCUCGCCGUCCUUUGAUAACAUCAAAUAUGACAACUUUGAAAUAGAAGAGUACCCGCUGGCUGCCCAGGGCUUUGACUGGGAACUGUGGUGCCGCUACCUAAAUCCCCCCAAGGCCUGGUGGAAGCUGGAGAACUCCACAGCCCCAAUCAGGAGCCCCGCCCUCAUUGGCUGCUUCAUUGUGGACCGGCAGUACUUCCAGGAGAUUGGCCUGCUGGACGAAGGCAUGGAAGUCUACGGAGGCGAGAAUGUGGAGCUUGGGAUCAGGGUGUGGCAGUGUGGCGGGAGCGUGGAGGUCCUGCCCUGCUCACGGAUUGCCCACAUUGAGCGGGCCCACAAACCCUACACAGAGGACCUCACCGCCCACGUCCGCAGGAACGCUCUCAGGGUGGCUGAAGUCUGGAUGGAUGAAUUUAAAAGCCACGUCUACAUGGCAUGGAACAUACCCCAGGAGGACUCAGGAAUUGACAUCGGGGACAUCACCGCAAGGAAGGCUCUGAGGAAACAGCUGCAGUGCAAGACCUUCCGGUGGUACCUGGUCAGCGUGUACCCAGAGAUGAGGAUGUACUCAGACAUCAUUGCCUACGGAGUGCUGCAGAAUUCUCUGAAGACUGAUUUGUGUCUUGACCAGGGGCCAGAUACAGAGAAUGUCCCCAUCAUGUACAUAUGCCAUGGGAUGACGCCUCAGGAAGUGCUUUGACUCAAGGUUUAAAGAUUAGAGUUGAGAUGAAAGAAGUACUCUGUUUUAACCUGGAGAUGAAUUCCAUGAAGCCAUCACCUCUCCCCUGCGUGGUAUUGGCCCCAGUGUCUGCAGGGGCAUUAAAGACCUCUCAUGGAUUGUGCUUGCACCCCCAGACCUUUCACGUCACAUCUCAGAGACAAUUGCAAAAGUUUUCCUUUGUGAGCCAAGAAUUUAAAUGUCUAGCCACUACUCUGGCCUUUGGCAAAUUUCUCCAGUUUUCUAUGAUUUUUGUCUGUAAAUAAAUAAGAAUACCAGACACUGGGUGGCUGUGCAGUUUGGAAAACGCCCUGAGUUUAUUUCUUGGCUUUACCAUUAUGAAGUUGUGCCCUCCGUGACUCUGUGGCGUGUGGUUCCAUUGCUCAGGCGCCUGCUGGUGAAUGGUAUUGGGAGCCCUGACAGGGUAGUGUUCGGGGGAGCCUCACACACUCCUGCAGCUUUGCCUGGUCACCUCCAGCUCUGCAUUAUUUAGGGGCUAAUCCAGAUAGGGUUAAUUGGGUCUCUGUACUUACUGUCCUCUGAGCUGUCACCUCGCCUGGUUCCAGGGACCACCGUUCACAUCAGUACAGGGUGAUGUGGGGACUGGCCCUGUGAGGCUCUCAGCUUCUGCUUGCCGCACGUUCCGUUUCUCGGUGCAGGGUGGUUGUUUGAGGGGGUGUUCUUUGCUCCAGAGGACCCAGGGCAUUGGUGGAUGUGCAAUGCGGUAGAAAGAGUGCAGACAAGAGGUCAGAUAAGGGUUGGGGUCCAGGCCCCGUUCUGCCCGUACCACAUGUGUGACAGGGGCAAGUGAUCUGAUCUUUCUAACCUCAGUUGGGUUCAUAAUCUGUAAAACUGGGAUGUAACUUGCACAUCACUGAAGUAUUGUGAGGGAUGUGAUGGCCUGUAUGCCGUGGUGCCUGGCCCAGUGCCCCACAUGUGAUGGUGAUGGUAGGUGUUACUAUGCCUCACCCAAGAGCAAACUGUCCACGGGUGAAGAAAGGGGACAUUGGAGGCUAAGAGUUGGGCUGAAAACCUGCGGUUAUCCCCACUCCAGUGUCCCUGGGCUGGGGUGGCUCCCUUCAUUCCAGCAGCCCUUUGAGAAUCCAUGAAGACCCCAUGCCUAACGUAUCCUUGCCUGUGUUCCAGAGCUCAGGAACGUGCUCUUCUGACUGUCUGCUCAUGGGUAAGUGAUGACGGAGUGAGUUUCAAUAAUCCAGCCUGUAGUCUCACUCCUUCCUGAUGACCCCACUGAAAGGACGUGAACGGACCUUGCUAGGUUCACCUGGCUGUGAAUCUCAGCUCUGCCACUGGUUGACUUGUGACCUGGGACAGAAUACAUAAUUUCUCUUUACCUCAAGUAUCUAUAACUUAAAGUUUAGUUCAUAAGAAAUACCAUAUAACUGUGGGUUAUAUUAUUUUUAUGUCUUAAUAUAUAAUAUUUAUAUAUGUGUUUAUGCAUUUACUUCUGUAUGUACACACACACACACACACAUAAUUAGUAUGUGUCCAUCUCUGCUAGACACUUUCAGUAUGUCAGUUGAUGUAAUCUUAAAACUACCUGACAGCUUAUCCUCAUUUGGCUCAAACAUGUAAAGAUGUCCCUAGGUCCCACCACCAAUAGUUCAGUGUGUAGGCCAUAAGUCCUAGAACAUGAUUAUAGGUUUUACUGUGUCACAGCCAGGAGCAACUGCUCCCACGGUGAAGGCUGGGAAGAGGAGAGCUAGCAUCCAGCAGCCCUGCUUUCUCCAGCAGCACUGCCUCCUUAGAUUCCACGGGCAUGGCCCAAAGGACUUUCACAGCUGCCUACUGGAAUCUGCCUGCAGUUAUCCCUGAUUCUCAGGCCACCCAGAGCUGGUGCCCAUUCUCUGGGUGAGGUGAGCACCCAGCCAGCUUCGCACCCUGUGUUUAGAAAGAACCUUAUUUCCAUUUCUCUUUUCGGAGUUGCAAAAGAGAGGCAGACCAGCCGUCUCCUGCCUGGACACAUCAGCUCAGUGUGGGGGGUGCAGGCAGACAGGGAGGGAGCCCACGGAUGUUAUAGGCACACAGAUGUUAGUGCCGCAGUGCUAACCUUCUCUGCACCAAGCGAUGGUGAACUCUGGGCUGCUCCUGCAGCUUCCAUGCUAAAAAAAGGAGCUGCUUGAUUUGUUAUUCAUUCCACAUGAUAUGUUUUUCACUUCAUGUCCAAACUCCGCAAUUAGAGUUGUAAACAGUGAGUUUUGCAUGACUUUUAUUAAGCUCCUGCAGACUGGGAAGAAGCAGUCAUUAGCAGCUCCACAGUGGGCCCAUGUUCAGACUCACUCACGAGAGAAAGACUGAGUCUCUUGCCCUCCACCCACCAUUCUUUGGAGAGUCUUGCUUCCCAGGCCUCUCUGGCCUUGGGGACAGGUCACCAAGCCCAGUGACAGAGGAACUGAUUUUAGAUCCCUCCUUGGCUCUGUGCUCUCUGACAAGUCACGUUAGCUCUUUGAGCCAUCCUGAUCAGUAAAAUGGGGGCGGGUGCUGUUAAAUAAAGUAACAAACCUGCAUGUGCCUAGCACCAAAUCAGGCACAGAACUGGGCUCAGUAAUAUUGGUCUCUUGUUCAAACUGGAGUAAUCUCUCAACAAACAUUCAUGAUUAUUAAAGGUAGCUUGCAUUUGUUGCUUACUGUUUCUAGGUGCUUUGUGAAUGUAAGCUCGGUUAAUACUCUCAAAGGCCCUUUGAAGUAGGCACUGCUAUUAUCCAGUCUUUACAGGUGAGAAAACUGGGGCUUAAGGCAGGUAUGUAACUUGCUCAAGGUUACACAAUUACUGAGUGGUAGAACCUGGUUUGGAACCCAGGUUGCCUAACUUCAGACCCCAUACUCAGAGCCAUGACUCAAUACUGUCUCCCUGGUUUAGUUAACACGUGGCUCCCGCUCUCAGGAAGUUCUCUAGAAAGAGACAGAACAAUAAGCCAUCACAGGGUGGUGUGAUGCCAGCUAGGCACACAGGCAACGUGCAGUGCACACUUGCUAAUGAGUGAAGGUUGCAGUGAGAAUAUGGGAUGGACUUCCUGGUUAGUCAACUACCCAGGCAUACUCUUCUCCUUAGGAUCUCAAGGAAAACUGAAUCUAAUUUGCAGUUUUCUCCCUGACAGUACUGACAGCAGGUUUCUAAGAUUUGGUUGGAGGAGAUUUGAAAACAUCACUCAAUCAGUGCUACCCUUCCCCAUCCACCCUGGCCUUGGUCACAGGCUGCAGGCUACAGGCUCAUAAGCUCCCUUCUGGCUUGUGAAGGCUGUCUACACACGCCUCCUGCCUUUAAGGUUCUCCACUUUCUCUGAGGAAUUGAGGUACCCAUCUCCCCAUUGGGAGAUAUCUAAUCUCAGCAUUCCAGGGCUUGAGCAUUAGAGCCAAAGCCCCCCACUUCCCUUCUUCCCUUUCUCAUCCCUCAAGCCUCAGCCCAAAGCCUACUUCUUUAGGGCAGUGUUUCCUGAUUAUCCCAUCUAAGGUGCCCUUACUUGUUAUUCUUAGAUCUCUGUACCUUGUCUGAUUUUUUCACAGCUCUUGGAUUUGGUGAUUAUUUGUGAAUUGUUACACCUGAUGGUCUUUCUCCACCAUUAGAUGGUGAGUUCCUCCAGGGCGAGGCCUUUGUUUUAUUCUCCAGGUGGCCCCUUGUUCCUAGUGCACCACCUGGCACAGGGAAGCCACUCAAUGCACCUCUGUUUCCUGAAUGAAUGUUAAGAAAGUUGUUGAUUUUUUUUAUGUAAAUGAAGGCUUAGCCAGUCUUCCACACAGAGCUCUCCUAGCAGCCUGCACAGACACACAGCCCUUGAAAAUUCCCAGCCUUAAUCUCCAGCCUGUUUUUUCAUCUGUAAAAUGGGGUUAAAGCCAUCUACCUUGUAGAGGCUUUGUGAAGAUUAAGGGGAGGGAUACAAUUGACCCUUGAACAACAUGGGUUGGAACUACAUGGAUCCACUUAGAUACAAAUUUUCUUCUGCCUCUGCCACAGCAAGACAACCCCUCCUCUUCCUCCUCCUCUGCCUGCUGAACACAAAGAUGCCCUCCACCCACCAUUCUUUGGAGAGUGAAGAACUUUAUGAUGGUUCAUUUCCGCUUAGGAAAUAGUAACUGUAUUUUCUCAUUUUGAAAUUUCUUAUUUCUAUUUUCUUUUCUUUAGCUUACUUUAUUGUAAGAAUUUGGUAUAUAAUACACAUAAAACACAAAAUAUGUGUUAACUGUUUAUGUUAUCAGUAAGGCUUCUGGUCAACAGUAGGCUGUUAGCAGUUGUUUCGGGGGAGUCAAAAGUUAUACGUGGAUUUCCAAUGGCAUGGGGAGUCAGCACCCCUAACCCCUACAUUGUUCAGGAUCAGCAGAAAAUAGGAUGCUUGGCACCAAGGCUGGCACACAUGAAACCCUCAAUCAACCAGGUAAUCGCUGUUAUUCUAGUAUUAGUAUUAGUUAUUAUUAGUCAAGAUAAGAGCUGGCAGAAUCUGUAUCUGUUUAUCACAUUCAGUAUCUUUGUAUGGAGACCUGGGAUGGGAGCUUGAGAGAUGUGCCUUCCCCUACCGGGAUAGAAGCCAGCUCCUGGUUAUCUUUCUUGAUGAUGGACCAGUUGCUAUGGGCACAGGUUGGGAAAGAGCAGGGGACACCUCCUUCUGUUAGUGUCUCUCCUGCCACCAAGUCAUGCUAGCACAUGAUGCUGACCUGCCUUUCCAUUUGACUCAACCCCCAGGCAGGAAACAUGUAAACUCCUCAGACCCCAAGGAUUGGCAGGGCUGCUUUCACUAACACUUCCCCUUUCAGCUUUCUAUAAUUCAUUCCCCCAUUCAAGACAGUCUUGCAGAACCACACCCAGGAGGGUCCAGGAUAUGAACAGCAAGCCAGUGACAGAGUAUAAGUUGCAAGAGUUCCAUCACCCUAAUGGCUUGGGUACCAUGCCCUCCCUGAAGGCACUUCCUCUUUCAUUUGAAGCAGGAAGUGGGGAGGCUUUCCUGUGAUGUCCCUUGCACCAAGUGUAGGCCUUCAAGAAGUUGGGUACUUGAGCUGCUGCUCUUUUGUCCCAUUUCUUAGUAGAGUGUCACCAACUUUUUGGGUGAGGCAGUUCUUUACUGCGUGGGACUGUCCUGUUCAAUGUAGGAUGCUUACCAUUCUUGGACCCUGACACCAGCAGUGUCCAUAUGAGACUAAAACAUCCCCAUACACCUCCAAAAGGCCCCUGGAGGAAGUGGUACCCACCCCCGGCUGAGAAUCUGAGAAAGGAGAGUAAAUAAAGAAGCUCUGGGAUUUGGGAAUGGCUGGCGGCAUUGAGUGUGGGUAUCUGAAUAAUGUUUAUAUCAGGGCAGCUUAAGGAUAUGCUUGUCUAUUUCAAGACAGUUCCUAAGGAGAUGUGUUCAGAAUAUAUCACAGGCAUAAAUGGAUUCUUAUAUUUGAUUUUCCCAAGUAACCCAAUUGUCACCACAUUGCCUUUGUCCCAGAUGCUUUUUCUGAAGUCGGUUUGUUGCUCUGCAUUAGCCCUGCCAGGGUAGAGCUUUGGUGGAGUCCUUGAGGUUAGCACUGUCUUAAUAUACUGGGAAUUUAAGCAGAGCUGGGUCCUCUAAAUCAAUCACCAGAACAGCUUUAGUUGUUUUUGUUUUCUUGCUCAAAAAUGCACUGUUAAAUGCAGACACACGUGUGGGAGUGGAGGUUGGCUUGGGUGAAGGACACAUUUUAAAAGAGAAAUUUUAUAACAUUAUUUUUCUGCAGCAAAAAGGACUUGCUGGUCUUGCUUCUUGUACAACUGGGCUACAGAAUAGAUUUGCAUCUCCUUCUAUCAGUGUCUCUUCUGCCACCAAGCAGCAUUUUUAGCAUCCUUGGAAUAUGCUGGGUUAUUCAGAAGUCACCUAAUCAUAUUUUCCUGGGGCAUUCCAGGUGUUUAACAAAUAUGUGUUGAACAAAGGAAUAACUAGAUUAAUGGAAAAUUAAAGCUUUUUAAGUGGUGAUUACAAAAUAGAAUGAGCCAGUGUUCAUCUUCUUGCCCCCUCUGGGGUCUUCUAGGGUGGCAAGGUUCACCCUAUCCUUGGGACCUGAGGACAGUUGAAUCCAAGGGAGCAUUUCAUCCCUCAUAAUGUGUGCCUUGGUUGUGGAAUGUCUGGGAGGACAUGGCAGUGAGAAAACUUCUAUCUGAGGAAGCAAAUGAGGAAGUGGAGCCAGCGAGUAUAGACUUCUUUUGCUUAGAAUUUGCUGUGAAGGGAUGGGGGUCCUGGCCAUCAGAAGGGAUGUGGGGUUGAAAGGAGGUGUGCAUUUGGAUUUGCUUUUUAAAGAAAACAAUAAGGGAACAUAUUUUGCAACUGAAGGGAAGAAACAAGUAGAGAAAGACAUCUGAUAUAUUUAGGGGGACAAUUAACAAAGCAAUAUCCCUGGGGGUAGGGACAGGGUGAGAAGAGGUGGGGUGGUCCUGGACGACAGGAAAUGAACUUCUGCUGAGGUCCAGGAGGAACAAGUUUGCAGGCUGUCUUGCAACUGAAGGUGAUAGUUUGCAGCAUAAGGGGAUCUGGGUAUGUGAGAGAAUGGAGAAGGUUUAGAAACCCUGCAGAGUGAAAGUGGCUCAGCUGCUAAGCAGUUACCCAAAGAAGUAAUGCUAGGUUGUGUUGAAGUACCUGGUUGAGGUUAAAGAUCAUGAGUUUGUGGUGGAUUUAAUUUACUCAGUUCCGUGAAUUUUCUCUGGUAGUGCUAGCAUCCAGGGAACAGGUGUGGAGAAGGUGAACGAGGCUACAGAGGUGGAGUUUACAGGGUGUAAAAGGCAGAAAAAGUAAGGAAUUUAAAAACUGAAACUGCUAGCAAGAGUGUCAUUAUUGAAAAUUGGGUGCAGCCUUUCUAGGGAGAGGUCAGGAAAGAGUGGUAAGUAUAGAAGGAAAGAAAGAAAAUUAUUAUUUCAAAGGCCUCAAUUAGGUUGAUGAGCAGGCAUUGGGAAGUAAGAGAGUGGGUAAUCAAGAUUAAUAGGUGUGUCAUUUUGUGUUGCUAUCACCUGAGGCUAAGAAAUUAAUAAUGAACAGAAAUGUAUCAGCUCACAGCUAUGGAAGCUGGGAAAGCGAAUAUCAAGGGGCUAGCAUCUGGUGAGGGCCUUCUUGCUGUGUCAUCCCAUGGUGGAAGAGUGGAAAGAAGGGCUCAAGAUGGGACUAAACUUGUCCUUUUAUAAGGAACCCACUCCCUCGAUAAUGACAUUAAUCUAUUCAUAAAGGCAGUGCCCCAGUGACCCAAACACCUUCCAUUAGGCCCCACCUCCCAACACCACCACAUUGAGGAUCAAGUUUUCAACAUGUGAACUUUGUGGGGCACAGUCAAAUCACAGCAAGGUGAUUGGGCAGAAAUAGGGCAAUGGUGGAUUAGACUUCACAGGUAAAGUAGUUUGGGGCACUAAGAGCUGGGGUCUAGGUGUGGGUGGGCUAAAGUGAAACACAGCACACCACCCCAUAAUUGAGGCCACAGUGCAAUGUGAAUGCUGCCCAGUGUGAUGUAGAGGAAGCUGUGAGCCUAGUGCCAAAGACCCUGAUGGACAUAGCUGACUGCCUGGCACGUAAGUGAGAAGAACAACAUGGACAGAGGGCAAUGGUGUGUGAUGUCUGAUUCUUACGGAGGAGGUGUUUUUUAUACUAGGAUGGAAGAGUGUACGGGUAGAAGAGGCACCAGGGGAGAGGAGAAUGUCAGCUCCUGAGUCCUGAUUAGAGACUCAGCACAUUCAAAAACACACGAAUAAUAGCAUCCUCCAGGAAGAGCCUUGUUUGGUGGGAAAGGAAAGGUUUGUUUUGUUGGAAAGGGCCAUCCUGGAAUGAUACUGUGGGUUUGAUAAGAGGCUUCAGAAGGCUCAAGAAAAGGAUUAGGAGGGAGGGCAAGGAAGGGAAGGUCAACUGGGGAAGAAGCACAGAGCAUAUCAGGGGUGGAGUGAGGAUAAGAAACCCCCACAAGGACAACAAAAAUUAAAACUCAUGUAGGGACACAUUUAGUGAAUUGCCUUUAUUGAAAGUAACAUAUCUUCAUGAAAAUAGACAAUGAAAUGAAUAUCUGAGACUGGUGUCAUCCAGGAAAUCUGUGCUAUGUGAUUUCCACCAUCGAACUACAUGAUGAGGUUCUUCCUGCCAGGCCAGGAAAUGGUGAGUAGAGUGGUAUAUGGAGAUAGAAUCAUUGAAGAUUUUUCUGCCAGGGAGUCUUCAUGAUCCAUCUUCCACUGGAGUUUCCUCUAAGGUAACUCUUGUGGCUAAGGUAAAGCCACAAGGAAGUUCCAUAUGAACUGGGAGUAUUAGAGAAAGUGGGUAUCAGAAUCAGAUUGAGAGAAACCACAUCUCCUUGUAAUGCAGCCACUGUUGUCACCCUUGGCCCCCAGCUUUUGUGCUCAGGACAAAGCGCCCGCUUCCAAAACUCUGUCUGUCCUCAUGGCAACUGAAUUUUGUUCCCAUUACAUUGCUCCUGUAUUUCAUGCUACAUUCUGUCCAGGACCAUCAGGGCUAUAUGGAGUUUCCACUGUGCCAAAGGAAGUGAUCAGCAUCCCAGCUGCCAUGAAGAAAAGAGGGCUGGGUAGUAGUGACCUUGGGAGGUCAAGGAUGCCUUCCUAAAGAACUGCUUCGGGACCUUAAAGGAAGAAAGAGUGGGAUGUGCACCAGCAAAAGCAGAGAACAGUUCAAAAGUGGGGGCCACAUGUGGAAAGGGGUAGCAUCAGAACCUUUCCUUCUUCCCUCUUGAAGAAGCAGGGCAUUGUGGUGGUUGAGGUGGGCUUUAGGGCCAGAUGACUUGAAUUCGGAUCCCAGCUCUGCCAGUUUUCCUGUUUGAUAGCAAAUUGUUGCUAUCCAAUAAUUUACCUCUGUUUCAUUCUUUUAUUUCAUCUCAAAAUGGACAUGCCCUCAUCUCUUCCCCAGGGUUAUUUUGAAGAUUUAAAUAAGUAUGUAUAAAGCAUUUAGCAUUCCUGACAUAUAGUGUGAACUCAUUAAAUUGGAAAUAUUAUCAUUAUAAUAAUUUUUGUCCAUCAGGAGGGGAUAAAAAGGAAUGCAAUUUGCUGAACACCUACCUUGUAUGCCAUAUACUUUACAAACACCUGUAAAAAUGAGGUACCUGUAUCAGAACACUUUACCAUAUAACAAACUACCCCCAAAAUUUAGUAGAUUGAGACACAUCUAUUUUUUUUCUGAGAGCAGGCAAUUUGGGCUAGGCUACACUGGCCCUAUCUCCUGCUGGUCUCAGCUGAGUUGACUCAGGCAUCUGUGGUCAACUGCUGGUCAGCUAGUUGACUCUGUUUCUGGAGACUGGCUGACAGUCAGCUGGAGUGAGGGGCUUCUGGGCCUUGUGUGUGUUAUCUCACAGACUAGGCCAGGCUUCUAUACAUGGUGGCAGGCACAGGGCAGCAAGAGAAGGCUUGAGUUCUCAAGCCUCACAAUGCAUGAUUGCUCAUCAGGUUUAUGCUUGUAUUACAUCGGUGAUGCACAUUUCAUUGGCCCAAAGUAAGACACAGCACAACCCAGACUCAAUAAAGGGAGAAAUGAAGUGAAGGGAAGAGCUGCGCAGUCAUAUUGCAAAGUAGUUUGUAUGCAAGGAUGGGAAAAAUCUGUGGCCAUUUGUAUAACAUCACAAUGCCUCAUCAUGUUCACUUUGUAUUAUUUUAUUCAUUUGUUCACUCAUUCAGAAAUAUUGAGUGCCCAUCUUGUGAUAUGGCAAGAAAAGGGAUCCCCAAUAUGAAUGGCCUUAGUUUUGUAAUACUUUCUCUGUCGUAGCACAAUCCAUCUGGCAUUGCUAUCUGAGGUCUGUAACAUCCAAUAAAGACAUGAGCUGGAGGAAAGCAGGUCAUAUUUUCCCCAGGGACAAGGAAAAUGGAGAUGGAGAUGGUGUUGGAUCAAGUGAAAUAGAGAGAUUUAUAUCUGCAGAUUAAAAUCAGCCACGAUUAUUUUAUCCACAUGAACGCCAUUUUUUUUUCUGGGUUAACAUCUCCCUCCUGGAUCUUAACCUGCAUAUUUUAUUGCUAUGUUCUUUCCUACAUCCUUCUGAUCACCAAGAUUGCUAUUGAGUCCAGAUCCCACAUUGACCGUAUGUCAUCUGUGCAUACUCGCGCAUGUGCACGCACACACACACACAGAGAUACACACAUACAUACAUACAUACACACACACAUUCCACCACUCUCACUGGGAAUAUUCUAAGCUCUCCUUAAUGCUGUGCAAAAUAACUAUUGUAUGCCAAAAAGGUAUUGAGCCUCCUCAUUUCUCAGGAGAACCAGGUAAGGUCUAGACAUGGCAUAGACUAUGUCCUAGGGAGAGACCCCAUUCUAUCCAAGUCAUUAAUCCUCUGGGCUAUAUGGAGAGUGAUGUCCAAGGCCCAAAACUGGCCAGAGAGCAGCUUAGAGGAGUUUUGGGCAUGAGGGAUAUGAGGCAGGCACCAGGGAGUGCACCUGCAUGAAUUUCUGGAUUCCAUAUGCCCCGGAAUAAUUUAUUAACACAUUGAUUCAACUAAUACGUUUUGAGUGUAUAUCAUGUAACAAACAGAGGUUCAUUAAUAGAGACAGAAAGGUGAGCAAGACAGACAUGGUGUCUGCCCUCAGGGAACUUGGAAUCUAAAGGGGGUGACUGCUGUUAUGGUAGCAUCCCUGACAGCUAACACUGAGCACAAAUCCUUCCAUGUAAUUCUGCCAACAUCCUCGGAAGUUGGCGGCAUUUUUAGCCUGUUUCCACUGAUAAGUAAAUUGAGGGGAUGAAUGGCUGUGUAAACUGUCUCUAGUCACACAGCUCAAGGGUAGUGGGGGCAGGGACUUGAGGCGAGGCAGUUUGGAUCCAGAGUCAGUCUUUCUUGAAUCAACCCUCUCCUCCGGAGACCCACAUUGGAUCAAGUCUCAUUGGUGUCUAUGUUCAAAGUUUCUUGUACUUUUCCUUAAGAGCAUGCAUCACAUUUAGAAGUUCUAUUUUGGUGUGAUUAUUGGGGAAGGGAGCUGUCCGUCAGUUCAAUCUGUCUUAUGCUCCAGUAAUAUAUGACCUCAAAAUCUCAGUGGCUUACUGGGCCCUACUGCACGUCUGUUUCUUCCCUGACCUUAUCUCUCUUUUGCAGAAUCUUGUCAAAAGCAACUGAUACUAAAAAGGCACACUCUGCAUCUAAGCACGGGCUCACUUGCCAUAUUAUCAGUCUACCAAGAUAUUGCAGGCCAACUAAGAUAUUUAUAUCUUACCAAGCGAUUUCACCAACCGUCUCAUGGUUGUAUAGAUGAGGUCACCAUCUUUCCAGCCUCCAGUGGUGGUUAACUCAUCACCUACCUCUGGCCUUAAAGUCAGUGCCCAUACUUUAAGGUUUGGCAGUACCCCUCCUCUAGUGUCGUUUUUUUUAUCAGUCAUCUUAAGCUGAUGUCCCCACAUCUCAGUGGAUUACAAGAUGUGUUUAUUUCUUACUCAUGCUACAUGGUCGUCGUCAUUCAACUUCAGCUCUGUCAUCUCAACUUUUUCUAGGGCCAAAGGGGCAGCUCCUUUCUAGGAUGCUGCAGGUCCAGUGGCAGAGAACAAAAAGACAGUCGAUAUAUCACAUAUUGCUCUUGAAGCUUCUGAUUGGGAAUGACAUCUGUCACUCACACUCAUGUUCCAGCUAGUCAUGUGGCCAUGUCUGACAUUAAUGACGUGGGGAUGUACAAUAGCUCAGUAGGGAGGGGAAUACAGGAAGAAGCAUCAUAGGAGAGGGCAGAGACUAUUUUGAACAACAAAUCAAUCUGUUAGAGUAGUUAAGAAGUAUGAAUUGACUGUCACAAGCUGAUGCAGAGUGGGCAGACUAUUGUUUGUGAAAAGAGUGUCAGGGGAAGUAUUCCUCAGUGCAUACGAUAUGCACCCUCUUUGCUGUUUGUGAGUGAGUGAGUAGGCACAGCUUAUGCCAGACAAGCAGACACAGCUAUGAAGUGUUUUGAGCAAUACCUUCCAAAAUAGAGCCCAGUAGUCAGAUAUCAGGUGUUUGAGAUUUCUUGAACAUAGAGAACUUACUAAUGAACAAGUUAACUGUAUUUGUUAAUUUGCGGGGCGGUCAUUAUCAACAACAAAUAAAACAAAUUUGGGUAGCUUAAGGUAAAGACAAAGGGUGAAUGUUCUAGAGAAAACCUGGGGCGAUUCCUUUUUAGACUCAGAGGAAAGGUCGAGGGGAAAGGCAGGAACUAGGACAGCUCCAGGGGCCUCAGCAGUAAAAUUCAUGGCUCUUCCCUAGAGAGUUGCCCUAAAUGUGUCUUAGCUUCAGGGCUACUUUUCUAUGUCUUUCUCUUUCAGGUUUUAAAUUCCUGGGAGAAGUCUUCUUGGCUCUUUGUAACAGCUCCAUUCUCACUGAUGGGCAGGGUGGCAGAGUCCCAGAGCAUAGACCAUUUGGGCCAAGCCCUAGGCAGAGCCAUCUUCAGAGGAAAUGGGUCACUGUCAGCCAGGCUGACAAGGGGUGUGUGCUAAAUUACUAGAGGCAGGUACUUCCUGAGGGUCAAAGCGAGGAUGAAAUGUGCUUUUUACCAAAGGUGUCCCUUAUCUCCGGAUGACCUCAUCACCUACAGAGAAGGAUUGGCAAGAUAAGUUUGUGUGAUGGUGUCCCAUGAACAGUCCCAGGUCAGAAGGGUGCAGCUGUUCCUCAGAGCCCCAGGUCUGCCUUGCAGGGACCUCAGGUGUCAUCAUGGCUGCUGCACUGAAAGGUGGCCUGUCAGAUGUGGAGUCCCCAAAAGGCUCAGGAGCACCAAGUCUGGUGUGUGUGAGCCCCACUGCUGACUGAGGUUGCGAUAAGGGCCCAAGUCCAGUGACAGGCUUGGGCUCAGCCUCUAUCUAGUGUCAGUGCUGAGGACCUGGGCAUAAUGGCCACAGGUGGAGCUAGCCAUGGGCCAGCAUUGUCUUGAGUCAGGUUUCUCUAGAAGCAGAUCCUGAGACAAGGGUUUGUGACAAGUAAUGUAUCUGGAAGGCAGUUCUAGAAGCACUAGUAAGGCAGUGGAAACAUGAGCCAAGGGAGAAAGAAAGGCCAAUCAAUGGCAUGUGAAUGCACAGGUUAGCAAUGUGGGCCACUGGUGCCAGUGCUGCUGGGGAUUUCUGGAGGCCUGUAGGGAACAUGUCUCCAAAUUAUCCCAAGAAGGAAGAAGGAUGGGUUAUUUGUCCACCAGCUUCCAUCCAUCAUUGGUUGGGGGCUGCUCCUGGAGCUAGGUACAGGAAAGGCAAGCUCCUGCAGCAAGAAAAGGCCCCCAGGCAGAGGGCAGCAGGGGCCGACAGAGGAGGUUGUUCACACAGCCAGGGCUGGGGAGUGCCCAGAUGCAUGGGUGAGGCACUAAAAGUAUCCGCUACAGCCACAAACAGGGCUGACACCAGGUUAUGCUGUCAAAGUGAAUGGGAUGGGUUUUCCAGGAGUCACUCUAGCUUUGUCCUAUAUCCAGGAGAGGCUGAGCCCUGAGGGGGAUUGCCACCACACCCUUGCUAUGUUCCACAUCUGAUGAUGGUCUUCUCAAGGGUUGCUGAUGGGCCAAGUAUGUUUUGAAGGACAGCCACUGAGGGCUGUCAGUCUCUCUGCCUUUUAAGACUGAGUGCAAUGACUGCAUCUCCAGAGCACCGGAGAUAUCCAAGUGCAGUGUCGCUCUCCAUGCCCUUUGCGGCUCUUUGCUGUCUGGUUUUGUUCUGACAGCAGCACGCAUCCUGCGCAUAUCCUUUCCCUGAGCCAAGUCCAAUUCUUCAACGACGGGGGCCCGGCCUACCACCCUGGCCAUUGUUAUUGAUUCGGCCUCCUCUGUGAUCGGUCCCAUGGCAGUGUGUUUCUGCUUGACGUGGCUUUUGUUUGCAGCUCCCAUCUGUGUCAAGGCACUUUGCUGGAGAGAGCCACUGAGGCAGGAGCCUGUCCCAGGCAGCCAGGCUGGUCUUGGGGAUGCAGGCAGAGGGCAGGAGGAGGAAAGGGAGGAGCAGUGGCAAAAGAAUCUGGGUGAGGGGCUAAGGCCUAGAUCAGGAGUGUUUGCAAGUGCUGGUCCCUAGAGACAGACCCGGAGGCUGCAGAAAAAGGGAGACUUCACCAGCAAUCCCAGUAAAAUGGGGCACCCAUUCUUUGUCUUAUACUCAACCACACCGAGGCACCUCCAGGCCAAGCUUGCUUCCAGGCUCCUUGGAUGUUUUAGAGUCAGAAGACUCUUAGAGCCCCUCAGAUGUGCUAACAAGUGGGGGCACUCACGGAUCUGAGUCACAGCUCCCUGGGGGCCAGCGGGGUGCUACCCAGUCUCUUCCCCACCUCAUCCCAUUGGCACUAUCAUUCCUUAAAUGGCAUUGUACUGUCAAGCUUCUGUGGCUUGUGUUUGCCUGUUUCCUCUGCUAGAAGUCCCUUGUCCUUGACAAAUAUUUGGGCAAACUACUCUCUCUUUAGGCUGUUCUCUUUAGACUCAUUACUCACUGACAGCCCCAGGUAGAGACUGUUACUCCAGCUCUGGGGCACCCCAGCACGCUGCCCACCCAUCUGUUGUAAGCUGGCCAUGAACAUAUUCUACCCAUCCUCCAGCAUGUCUGUCUCUCCACCAGGCUGAGAAUCCCUGAGGGAGGGGCUCCCCGUCUCCUCUCUGCUUUCCCAAUGCCCAGGCCAGCCCCUGCACCUGAGAGGCACAAAGGGUGUUUGUUGAAUUGAUUGGGAUCAACUCCUCACUGAGAGGCUGAAUUCCAGUUAUAAACCUCUCCCCAAAAAGCUGAGGGAUUCGUGUGCCUGUGCUCAGCCUCACCUGUUCCCCCUCCACCAGGGAAAUGGGUUCACAGAGGAAGCCCUGAGCUAGAAACCCAGCCUUACACCUGUAUGUCAUCACACUAAUAGAGAAUGGUGCUUAUAAAUGCUUCCCGUUCCUCACGUGGACCUCAUGCUGUGGUUGAUGAACAUAAGAUCAUUCUGGAAAUGACUCUCCUUCAUUUCUGAUUUAGCAUCAGCACACUGUGGCCCUCAGCACUGUAACGAACCUCUGUGUCAAGGGGUUAAUGACCAAUAACCAAACCCUUAAAUCAGCCUGCCUGUCUGCAGAGAGGCCUGCAGCUUGUUCUUUGAAAAAGAGGAAAAAGCCCAUUUCUAAUACACGUUCUGGAUGUCACAGCCAGCACUCUGUAAAUUGAAAUUUAAUAAAGCAAGGCUCCGUUCCUUCUUCCCGCCCUCUGUGUCUGGCACCCUGCCUGUUUCCAUGACUCUUACCUGCAGACCUAUUGAUCAGACUCAAGACAAGGGCACAGAGAUGAGGGGGUGAAGCAUUGUAGCUGGACGGGUAGCCCUCUCCCUCCUGGGUCUUUUCUUGCCCUCCUAUGGAUACCCUGGUCCCUGCCUACCUUGUCCUUACCCUGCAGAUAGGGAUAAGUUCCCCCUUCUCAUUGUGGGGGCAAGCUAGAUCCCUAUCUGCAGGGGCAUUGCUUUUAAGCUAGAAUCCAGAAGGGUGUGUGCUGCACCAAUAUUUCACUCCGAGGCUUCCCAAACUCUCCUUAACCCAGGUAGUUUUUAACCUUAGUUGCACAUUAGAAUCACCUGGAAUAAAUCCCUGUGCCCAGGCCCCAGCCCCUGAGACUGUGGUUUGUAGGUUUUAAAGCUCCCCAGGUGAUUCUGCUGUGCAGCCAAGGUGGAGAGCCCUGCCUUAGCUUGAUUGCAUUUAGGAGUUUGUCCUUGUGAGUCUUGUGAUUUCAUUUGCUCUCAGAUGAAGAUCUUGCUCUCGUCUUGCAAGAUCCAGGCCAUAGCUUGACUGUGCCUUCAAUGACCUUUGCCAACCGCCCGAUUUUAAAAGUUUGCAAUCACCCUAUUAUGUGCAACUCUUAACUCCCUAGACAGUGUCACACCACUCCCCUGUUAUGUCCCCCAGCCCGUCAGAGAGCUGGGCUCUUAAUUCCUUGUUGGGCUGCAACCAUCCAGAAUAUGGAUAAAUAUCCAAAGAAAUGACAAGGAUGCUGGUUCAUCCAUUUCCAGUGUAAGUGCCUGGCCAAUUCAGUUGUUUUCUCCCUUAUGAUGGGUUCUAGAACCUCUUGUAAACAGUGUCCCAGUAUAACUCUCCCUUUCCGCCCCUCACCACUCUCCAGGCCCAGGACAGUUUCAGCCAAAGACGAUCACUGCUGCCCCGUGCUGGAGGCUCAGCGGGGAGAGGCUAAAUGCCCCAAAGAUACCUCAUUUUUCACAGACACCUACUUGAUAGGCCAGCACAGUUGCCAAGAGCCUCAUUUAAUGGAGGAAAAACAGCUGGUCCAAAUGUACAUGCCCAUUGUUUGGAAGAGAACUCGUACUCCAGUUGUGCCUUGAAAAUGUGUCUAUUAUUAAGUAAUGUAACUAACCCUAUUUUGCCCAAUGUUGUAGGUUUGCCUGGGAGGCCCUCCUUGACUCUUCCUCUGCCUAUCCCAUGAUUUUUGCAUCUCAGUCUUUAUUUAGCUUGGUGAAGGUUCCAGAAUUUCUGUGGAGGCUGAGGCAUGACAUAGGUAUUGAGGUCUUGAUAGAAGAGGGGAUUGGAUGAUUGAAAAAUACAUAAAUUGUAGUUCUACUUUUAGUUCUUUAAGGACUCUCCAAACAAUUUGAUCCAGCAAUCCCACUCCUGGGUAUCUACUCAAAGGAAAAGAAGUCCUUCUAUGGAAAAGACUGGCACAUGCAUGUUUAUAGCAGCACAAUUCACAAUUGCAAAAACAUGGAACCAUCCUAAAUGUCCAUCAACCAACGAGUAGAUAAAGAAAAUGUUGUAUAAAUACCGUAGACUUCUACUCAGCCAUGAACAGAAAUGAGAUAAUGGCAUUUGCAGCUACAUGGAUGGAUCUGGAGGCCAUUAUUCUAAGUGAAGUAAUUCAGGAAUGGAAAACCAAACAUCCUAUGCUCUCACUUAAAGUGCAAGCUACGCUAUGAGGAUGCAAAGGCGUAAAAAUGAUAUUAUGGACUCUGGGGACUUGGAGGAAGAGGUGGGAGGGGAGUAAGUAAUAAAAGAUACACAAUGGGGCCAGGCACAGUGGCUUAUGCUUGUCAUCUCAGCACUUUGAGAGACCAAGGCAGGCAGUUCACCUGAGGUCAGGAGUUCGAGACCAGCCUGGCCAACAUGGUAUCCUACAGGGUGGGGCCCUUGCCCCAAGGUGAGGGGACAGAGUCAGGAGAACCUCCGGCCCUAGGGGGACAUUACCCAGCCUCGACUCUGUGGCUCCGAAGGCAGGAAUGUGAACCAGAAUUCUGUGGUCUCCCUGGCCAGCUGUUGGCUCUCAGUCAUGGCUCCUACCCCUGGCCUGGAGGAGAGGAAAAUGCUGCUAGCAUAAGAUCCAGGAUACGGAUGUGUUGAUUCUUUUACCUUGCAGGUGAUUUUGCUCUUCCUCCUGCAAGCAUCAAAAUGAAAUGCUGGAUAUCUGGUUUGCAGCCCUGCUGAGCUGUGUGGGGCUGAGUAGAGAAUGAGCCAAAUCAAUCAUUGGCAGCUGAGGAGGAGCUGAGUGGGCAGGGAUGAUGUUUCUCUGCUCUGGGGGUUUGUGAGACGUCCAAGGCAGGAUAACAGCUUACCCCAACCUCGGACCAGUUACAGGAGGGAUACUGCUGUCUCAGAACUUUGUAGCAUCUUUUAUUCUAGGCCCCUCCAGCUCUCUAGUACUGUAUUAGUCCAGGCUCCCAUCCUGACUGGAAGGGAUCACAGCGGAAGCCCUCUCCCGGCUCCUCACUGCCCCUCCAGCCUGGAGGCUGGAGCUGGAAUGACCCCAGGGAGGUGCGUGAGGGAGGUGAGUGGUCACACCGGUAGCUCUGGAGUUAAACUGCCUCGCUGUGAAUCUCAGCUCCUCACCAACCGUGUGACUUCGGAAACAUUGCUUAUGGUCUCCUUGCCUCAGCUUCCUCGUCUAUAAGGUAAGGGAUAAUAAACCUGCCUCACAGAGUUAUUGCUAAGAUUAAACAAGAAUAAAGCAUGUAAGUUAUUUCAUGUCUGGCACAGGGUAAGAGGUAAAAACACAUCAACUUUUAUUAUACGCUAUCUCAGUUGGGGUAUCUCAACAGCGGCACUACUGACAUUUUGGCUAGAUAAUUCUUUGCUGUGAGGGGCUGUCCUGUGCAUUUAGGAUGGUGAGUGGGAUCCCUGACCAGCCACUAGACACCUCCCACCACCCCCACCAUCAUGACAACCAAAAAUGCCUCCAGGCAUUCCAAAUAGCCCCUGGUUUGUAACGUUCCCCCGUUCUGUCACUUCUUGCCUUACGCCUUCCAGAGUCUCCAUUGCUCAGAAAGCUUAGCUAUGCUUGCUGGGCCUGCAGGCACUGAAAGUGGGGCAACUUGUACAAAACUUUUUCCCCUUUUUUGUGUUCGAGCCAUUGGUUUAUUUAAUCCACUAGGCUGGGCUUCUGAGAUGUCCGUGUGAGGACUUGAGAGAAUCCUCUUUGCCAAACCUCCCUCUGUGAUCUGCCAGCUUCGUGGUUACGCCAGUCAAAAUGCACUUUGUUGUUUUGUUUUUAAAUAACAACUGUCCAGCCCUAUUAUGAUUUUCCCAGACUCUGGAGCAAUAAACAGCUCUGAUGACAGCUGUACCAGAUAGUAAGUGCACACGUUUCUCCUGGCCUCUCCCUAAACUCUUCAGAGCAGCUAAGUGGAUAAAACUGAUUUCAGCUGUUACCUGAGUAGCCACUUGUGUCUGCCAAGUCUGCUCCGGAGAUAAGAACCAGGCUCUGAUGACAGAGAAGAAGAAAAACAUGGGAAUGACUGGCUCCCUUACUGUCCUUGUCUUAUAGCCCACAUCCCUAAACCUCAGGAAAUCUGGGUCCUGGCAUGCAGGGAGAUUAAGAGCUACAGUGUCCUAAGGAGGUCACAGUGCAUUCAACCCAAGGGCAUAAACAGGUGUGCACCUUUUGGCAAAAGGCCCAGGUGGCAGGUUGAGGCCCCACACAGUUGAAUAUUCAGGGCAGGCUUUCUGGAUGCGGUGGGUUCUCGUUUCUAUUUUCAAAGUAGUGAGAGUUGGGGUAGGUGAGUGCAAGAAGUAGGGACACUUCUCAUAUUCAUGUGAUUGGGGUCAUUAUUUCCUGACAUGUUGUUGGUUUCCCUAAAGUGGCAUGACUUCUCCAGGACAGGGACCAUGGAUUUUCUCAUCUCUAUAACCCUAGAUCCCAACUUAGAGAUUACUUGUUAGUUGAAUAGAGGUGAUGCCUAACUCUAUGGCUGUUUGAUUUUCUACAUCCUACCAGUUGCCAAGUUCUCCCUCAACUCCGAUAAACUAGAAGCCACAGGACAUCAGCUUUUUUUGGUGGUGACCUGGAAAUCCAGGCCACACAAUGGACAGUCUCAGGAUUCCGAUGAGCAAACCGCCCCUUGCCCAGGGUAGCUUUGAAGAGGCUCCCCUUGCCUCUUGUUCUGAUUACAUUUCCACAUUGAAGCUGAGCAUCCUACAUUUGGCCUUUGCGCAGAACUUUGGUCACUGUAAAUCCUUCACCUUUGUUAUUGGAAGACUCAGUCAUUUUAGUCAUUUUGAUGUCAGUUUCCAUGGCUUUGCCAAACCUGAUAACUUGUAAGGUGACCACAGAGAGCAGAUCUUAGCUGUAAUGAGCGUCUUCUCCUCCUCCCUCCAGACACACUCUCAACCCAGCUCCCUCCACACUGAGAGGCUGACUUUACGGAACGUUUCAAUGGAAAUCUCUGGUUUCCAGUUGGGUUCUGCCAAUGGCCUGACCUAGUACGAGAUUGAAGAGGGGAGGAAAGAGUGAACUUGGGGUGUUUGUUAAGCAUCACUUGCCAUGACCCCCAAGCCCUCCUCUCAGCUUUCUCUCCAUGACCUUUCUCUUACAGGUUCUGGUGACAGGUCUGUCCUCUCAUUCCGCUGGGCAUAGGGGUACUAACGGCUUCUUGUUACUUUCCCCAGGGAACCAUCCUAUCCCUUGUGGUUCCCUGACACCCUACCCACACCUUUGAAAAUGGUGCCUUUAUUACACACUCCUCAGGUCUCCCCCUACUAAAGUGGGUCCUCUCUUUCCUGUUGAAGUCUUGACUGUUCCUAAGGGAACACCCUGCCUGCCCUCCACCCCCUCCCAAGAGGCUAAAGAGACUUCUGAGCAUCAGGAAGAAUCUGCCAUAAAGGACCACCCUUACUCGCCCUCCUCAUCUGCACUGCCUUCUUUCCACUUCUGUCCCUUUAAUGGCCUGGCACACAGGUUUAAAAAGUACUUGUCAACCAUCCUCUUUUACUAAAGCAAAAAAUACAUCAUUUUGCCAUUUUGAAUUAAUCAAAAAUAUUUGCCAAUGAGAAUUUGUGAACAUGUCAAGAUAACCAGAGAGAACACCCUGAAUAUUCUAACCUAAAGUGGAAAAGUGUGGUAUCUUGGUUUGUUUCUGGGGCCUAAGCACUGGGGCAGGGGGGCACUAAUGAUGAGGGUAGCAGCAUGUUAAUGCCUUUAGCAAUGUGAGGAGAAGAGUUCACAGAACCCUAAGACUUUUCACUUGGAGCCCUGAUUAGGAACCACGGAUCAUGGCUAAGGGAAGUUGCUGAAAAUGUUGAAGGCCAAGAGUCACGUGUCUUUCCCCUAGGCCAGGCCCAAACUACCGCCCAUAGGAGACUCCUACUUUUGUAAAUGAUGUGUUCAUGAAACAUAGCCAUUUGUUUAUGUUUUUCUUUUCUGGGAUGUGUUUGCACUACAGUAGGAGAGUGAGUUUUCAGAGGCUGUAUGGUCCUCUGUGUAGAAAGGAGUUUGCAGAGCGGGCCUGGCUGCUGUCCUCGAAAGGCUUGCUUACAAGGUUGGCAUCCAAGAGCCUAGGUCUCAGGAUUCCCAGCAGAACUGAUAAGAGUGGCUCUCUGUGCUUAAUCUGAUUAUACAAACAAAACAGCCUAGGUUUGCCACUCACUUUCCUUCUGGAAGUCUAGGAUUUUGGUGCAUACUAGGCAGAGGCUGCCUAUGUGACAGCCCCCUGUAAAAACCGUGGGUGCUGUGUCUCUAAUGUGCUUCUCGUUAGAUAGACAGCAAUUCUCAUGUGUUGUCACAACUCAGAGGAAUUGAGCAUGUCCUGUGCAACUCCCCCGAGAGGGGACCCUUGGAAGCCUGGGCCUGGUUUCCCCUUCUUUUUCCUUUUGGGUUUGUUUUGUAUCCUUUUGCUGUCAUAAAUCAUAGCAGUAAGUACAGUUAUGUGCUGAGUCCUGUGAGUCCCCAUAGAAAAUCAUCUAGCUGAGGGGUGGUCUUGGAGACUCCCCAGCACACCCACAAAACCAAACAUAUUUGUCAACCUG